AUGCCUCCGGUUCACUCAUUCAACCCGGGUCCGGUUCACUACAACAACACCAACCCGGUUCGAGACCAUCAUGACCAAGCAUUUCUUGUCCCUCCCACACCUACACCCUAUGCAAGCUUCUUCAGCAGGAGGGUACCUUCCCUUCAGUUUGCAUACGAGGGUCCCUCUUCUGAUCACCACCAUCUAAGAAUUAUAUCUGACACCCUUGGACCCAUGGUUCAACCCGGUUCAGCACCCUUUGGACUCCAAGCCGAGUUGGGAAAAAUGACUGCUCAAGAAAUCAUGGAGGCUAAGGCUCUUGCUGCAUCAAAGAGUCACAGUGAAGCUGAAAGAAGACGUAGAGAAAGAAUCAACAACCAUCUCGCCAAGCUUCGCAGUUUGCUGCCUAACACUACCAAGACAGAUAAAGCUUCAUUGUUAGCAGAAGUGAUUCAGCACGUGAAGGAGCUGAAGCGCCAAACCUCCCUGAUAGCGGAAACGAGUCCAGUGCCAACCGAGGUGGACGAGUUGACAGUGGAUGCAGCUGACGAGGACGGAAAAAUUGUGAUCAAAGCCUCACUGUGCUGUGAAGAUAGGUCAGAUCUCUUACCCGACCUCAUCAAAACGUUGAAGGCCUUGAGGCUCAGAACCCUCAAAGCUGAGAUCACAUCGCUUGGUGGGCGUGUGAAGAACGUGUUAGUCAUUACUGGUGAUGAAGACAGUUCAAAUACCAAUGGAGAACAAUGCAUGCAGCAACAACAACAACAAUACUGCAUUAACUCGAUACAAGAAGCACUCAAGGCAGUGAUGGAGAAGAGUGGUGGGGAUGAAUCAGCUUCUGGGAAUGUUAAGCGCCAAAGAACUAAUAAUAUCAAUAUCCUUGAACAAAGGUCUUCAUAA